GGGGGGACGGAGGGAGUAACUUAGUAAGACAAUGAAAAAGAAAAUAGAACUGUACUUCUUUCGAGAAAAAUAAGCCCCGUCGGCCGGAGCACGCGAAAAAACAGAAGUCCGUGAAUUUGAAUCCCCAAACCCCUUUGAGUUGAUGUCAGUUAUAUUCCUAAACCCUAACCCCAUUCUCCGAAGCUCAAUUGCAAAACUAAUCAUCUCAUUUUCAACAAUGUCGUCUUCGUCUUCAAAGAUAAUCGCUGAAUACGCCAAGUCGAAUCGCUCCUCUUGCAAGAAAUGCUCUACUUCAAUCGAUAACAAAUCUCUCCGUUUAGGCAGUGUGAGCAGAGACCCCCGGGGCUUUGAUUCUACUAAAUGGUAUCACCUCAAUUGUCUUCCUCUCACUUCCACCUCCGUCGAUUCCAUCUCCGGUUUCACGUCUCUCAAGACUACUGAUCAGGCUGCUUUGAAGAGUUUAAUAGAGGCCACACACGAAAAGGUUAUUGAUGGAGAUAAAGAUACAGUUAAAGACCGCAAAAGGAAAAUCUCUGAGGUUACGAAGGAUGACGAUGAAGAGAAAAAGGAUACACGGAAGGUGUCGCCACCUUACGAGGCGCCUAAUAUGAAGUUAAGAUUUUCAGUGUUUGAUAUCCUGGACAAAUAUAUGGAUGCUACACUCUUACCAAAGUGGAAAGCAUUUCAGACAAUCAUAUUUCUCGAGGGGGAUGAUGGUCUUCAUCAUUCAAGCAAGAUUGCUGCUUUUGAUUUUGAUCAGUGCCUUGCCAAAACAUCUUUACGAAGAGUUGGUUCAGAUGCAUGGUCUCUCAUGUAUCCUUCUAUACCCGAAAAGCUGCAAAGUUUGUACAAUGAUGGGUAUAAGCUGGUAAUUUUUACCAAUGAAUCUAAUAUUGACCGCUGGAAAAAUAAGAGACAAAUUGCAGUGGACUCAAAAAUUGGCCGGCUCAGUAAUUUUAUCAAGAAAGUCGGAGUCCCUAUGCAGGUGUUUAUAGCAUGUGGGAUAGGUAAAUCUGGUAAUAAAGCAGGAGACCCCUUUCGAAAACCUGAGACUGGGAUGUGGCGCAUUAUGGAGCAGCAUUUCAACUCUGGCAUUCCUGUUGAUAUGGAUCAGUCCUUUUAUGUUGGUGAUGCUGCUGGGAGACCUGAUGAUCAUAGUGAUGCUGAUAUUAAAUUUGCAGAGGCUAUUGGGUUGAAAUUCUAUGUCCCUGAGGAUUACUUCCAGUAGCUAGUUCCGAGAGGUGUGUAUAUAUAGCUUAUUAGGGGUAGAGGAUGACUAAAAUUUUCAAUAUCCAAGCAUCUCCAGCUAUACAGAAGUCUGGAUAAAUGCAGUUAUCCUAAGAUAUUCAAGCUUUCUUUGUCUACAUUCUCGAUCUAUGAAACUUGACUCGAUCUCUUUAAAGUUCCAUGGUUAUUGAUAUUCUGAACUGUAGUUAAUGUUUCCUUGAUUAAAAGUUAUUUUCUUAAGGCGAUUAAAAAUUUA